AUGAAAAGAGGUUUACAAUACUUCUUCUCAAAAUAGAGAAUGGAAAUAUUUUUUUUAAAAGAUUGCGUACAAGGAUUUUAAGGAGAAAUACGCAUUGUAAAACCUGGAUUUUUUGAGAAAUAUCUCUUUCCAAUGGCCAUGGCAUAUUAGAAUCUGCCAGGAUAUAGAAGAAGAUUAUUACCCGAUCUUGAUGAAGAGAAGUUAGAAAAUAAAAUCUAGAGAAGAAAGGAUAUCAAGUUGUUUUAACAAAAAAUUGCAGGAAUCCAUUUAGAAUUUGUUAGGCCUCCUAAAUUUUCGAAUCCAAGUCUUCUUAAAGACCCAAUAGAUGACAAAUUAAUUAUCGAGGAAGUUCAAUAAAGGUUCAAAUUGCAAAUCACAAAAAAUCAUAUGUUGUCUAUGGUUAACAAAAUUACUACUUAUGGAUAAUUCACAUUAUAAAUAGAAAACUUUUACAGUCCAGAAUUACAAGAUUAUACAACAUUCCAAAUUACGGUAGUGACCAAAAAACCUAUAAUGAAAGUCUAAAAAUUGAUUGAUGAGGUGGCAACAAAGGAUGAAUAAAAUAAGGAUGAAAAUAAAGAUAAGUAGGAUUAAAAAGUUGUAAAAUAAGGAAAAGAGAAAGAAAUCUAAAAAUGAAAAAUUAUUAUAAUAUAAAUAAACGAGAUCUAUAGAUUAUGCUAAAA